AAACAAAACUUGAACAAAUAUCCAAAACACUGCAGUCUGCAACCUUUGGCCUGGAGCACAUCUUCAGAGAAAUGGGACAGAUCUAUGAAGCCCAUAGAGCAGUACAAGCAGAGAGUAAACACACUGAGUGGGUUAAAUAUCCUGAACUGGCUGCAGAUCUGAUGGUUUCAGGACACCCAGUGGAGCUGAUGGAUGGUGAUGCAGGUCAUGUGCCUCUAACAUGGAUCUCUAGUCUUUUAGAUGAAGUCAUCCAGAAACUAGGUGACCAGAGAGUUUUUGUGUUGUCAGUUUUGGGCGUACAAAGCAGUGGAAAGUCAACAAUGCUGAAUGCCAUGUUUGGAUUGCAGUUUGCAGUGAGUGCAGGCAGGUGCACCAAAGGUGCCUUCAUGCAGCUGGUCAAAGUGUCAGAGGAAAUCAAGAAAGACUUCCAGUUUGAAUAUGUUCUAGUGGUGGACACUGAAGGACUAAAGGCAUGUGAUACCACUCUUCAUCAUGACAAUGAAUUGGCAACAUUUGUUGUUGGCCUGGGAAACAUGACACUGAUCAACAUGCCUGGUGAGAAUCCAGCUGACAUGCAGGAUGUCCUGCAGAUUGUUGUUCAGGCUUUCAUGAGGAUGAAGAAAGUUAAACUUUCUCCAAGUUGUGUAUUUGUUCACCAGAAUGUGACAGAUAUCGCAGCUGCUGAGAAAAACAUGAAUGAGAGAAGAUGCCUGCAAGAAAAACUGGACCAGAUGGCUCAGCUAGCUGCUAAACAGGAAUCAUGUGAUGCUGAGUGCUUCAAUGAUGUCAUUGCCUUUGAUGUGCAAACAGAUGUGAAAUACUUUGCUCAGCUAUUGGAGGGAAGUCCACCGAUGGCUCCUCCAAAUCCAGGCUACAGUGAGAGUGUCCAAGAGCUGAAGAACCUCAUCCUGUCUAAGGCCAAACAGUCUGCCGGCGUAAAACUGUCUCAUUUCAGAAUAAAAAUUCAUGACUUGUGGAAUGCUCUAAUUAAUGAGCAAUUUGUUUUUAGCUUCAAAAACUCACUAGAAAUUGCAGUUUACAGAAAACUUGAGGUUGAAUAUGGGAACUGGACCUGGGCCCUGAGGAGCAACAUGCUGACUAUUGAAAACCAGCUUCACAACAAAAUUGAAAAUGGAGACACUGACAAAAUUGAGCGUAGUGAUAUUGUUAAAGAAAUGAGCAAAACAUUUGAAAAAAUCAAAAAAGAUAUGUCAAAGUACUUUGAGGAUGACAGAGACAAAGAUAUGUUGGUUCAGUGGAGAGGCCGAUUUGACAACAAAAUAAAGGAGUUCCAAGAGGAGCUGGUGACAGGAGUGCAAAGAAAACUGGAGGAAGUUAUGCAACAGAAGAAAGCGUGUAAAAAGCUGGAGGAUAAGAAGCCAGAGUUUGAGAACAAGCUGCUGCAAAAGAGCAAAGAGCUCGCUCAUCAGUUAAAAGACAAACCAAAAGAUGAAGAGAAACUUAAAAAACAGUUUGACAGUGUUUGGAGUGACUGGGUAAAGGAUUUAAUUGCAGAUACAAAACCCAUUGAGGACAUCAACCUGGAAGAGGAUCAGGAAACUAUCCUUCAAGAUGUUGGGAUUGAACAAAAUAUUAUAAAUGAUUCCAAAAGCAGUGGAAAAUACAAAAAUAUGUCUGAGUUUGAUGACUACACGGGUUAUAUCGUCCACAAGCAACAAAAAGGACAGGGCAUUGUAGCCCAAGUUUUUUCAUUGAUUGAAGAUCACAUUUGGGGACCUAUGGAGUAUGAGGACCAGGAACAGAUCAGAUCACUAAUAAUCAGCAUUGACAAAGAGUCUCUUGAUGCAGUCAAGAGUAAACCUGUAGCAACAAGAGGCUACAGUUCAGCUUACUUACAAGAAGUGGCCAAAAAUGUUCAAGACACAGUGACAGAGUUUGAAUCAAACAAGAAAUAUGAUUUCAAAAAGGAGUUCACCGUUGAUCUCUUACUGUACAUAUUUGACAGGGCAGCCAUUUGGCUUUCACAAUCUCACAAAAAAUUCAAAACAAGCAAUGAUGCACACACUUACUUGGAGAGUAAAAAACCACAAUACUACAACAUUUUCAGCAGCUUCUGCAAUGGAAACUCAUCUGCUGUUGUGUUUGGAGAAAUGAUCUGUGAAAAACUGAAGGUUUCUAUUGUUGAGGCUGUUUGUAACAAGACUGCCAUUGAUCUUGCUGGAGAGAUGAGGUGCACUUUCCCAGCAUUCAAUGGGAACAGACUGAACUUAGAGAAACAUUUGUUGACAUCACUUGCAGAGAAAGAGGACUUUGAUGCUUUCAUCACCUACAUCCAAAAUCCAAGGAAGCAAGUAGCAGCCUUUAUCAAAGAGAAAGUAAACAUGUACAUGUUCACAGAAUACAAAGAAAAAGCUCAAAACAUACUCAGGAAAAAUGUGGAUGAGAUGCACAAGUUUGUCUCUCAAGCUUUAUUUGAUGCAACAAAUAACGUCAAAACACAAAGAGGAGACAUCGACAUGUGGGUAAAGGAAUUUUCCAGUUUCCUUAAAGAUAAAUUGACGCUUGAAUCUAUCUCUUGUCAAAACUUCGGGGACAUAAACAAUUUCGAAUUUCUUAAAGAAGAGAUUGAGAAAGGUCUUAUAUCCAUCAAAGAGGAGCUGAAUCGGCUUUCCUUGGAUAAGAUGAAGGAAUUCAGACUGAGACCUGAUGAAAUCCUCAUCGAUCAGCUGUGUAACUGCUGCUGGGAAACCUGCCCGUUCUGUGCAGCUGUUUGUACCAACACUGUUAAAGAUCACAGUCCUGAAGAUCACAGUGUCCCCUUUCAUCGACCUUCUGCACUCAGUGGUGGACACUACAAGAACAGUGAUGAAAUGAGUGUCGAGUUCUGCACGACAAAAGUUGCAAGUGAUAUACGUUUUUACCCUAAUCUAAGGUUAGAUCCCAUUCCUUUUAAAAAGUACCGCAAAGCCGGACCACCAUAUAAAAACUGGAGAAUCACCCCUGAUGAAUCUAAGCUGAAGUACUGGACAUGGUUUGUGUGUCGGUUUCAGAAGGAAAUGGAAAAGCACUAUCGUUUUAAAUUCACAGGGAGUGGUCAGAUUCCCAGAGAGUGGAAAACACACACUAAAGAAGAUGCUAUUGAAAGUCUGGAUGAAAUGUGCAAACUGUGA